AACAGGCCCAUCCAUGAAAUUUCCUUGCUACUAAAUAUUCCACCGUCAACUGUUAGUGGUAUUAUAACAAAGUGGAAGCAACUGGGAACAACAGCAACUCAGCGACAAAGUGGUAGGCCAUGUAAAAUGACAGAGCGGGGUCAGCGCAUGCUGAAGCACACAGUGCGCAGAACUUGUCAACUGUCUGCAGAGUCAAUAGCUAAAGACCUCCAUACUGCUGUGUGUAGAGAGCUUAAUAAAAUGAGUUUCCAUGGCCAGGCAGCUGCAUCCAAGCCUUACAUCACCAAGUGCACUGCAAAGCAUCGACUGCAGUGGUGUAAAGCAUGCCACAACUGGACACUA